ACGGGAAGUGAUGUGGGGCCAGACGGAAAAUACCCGCCAAGGACCCAGAAAGGGCUGCCAGCGGUGGACGCGGCGCGCGUGGAGACCAACAGCGCGGGGACAGCCGGGGCGCGCCAGGUGAACUACUGAGUUCUUCAUUAUGUCUGAUGGAGACUAUGAUUACCUCAUCAAGUUUUUAGCUUUGGGAGACUCUGGAGUAGGGAAGACCAGUGUGCUUUACCAGUACACAGAUGGUAAAUUCAACUCCAAAUUUAUCACAACGGUGGGCAUUGAUUUCAGGGAAAAGAGAGUGGUGUACAGAGCCAAUGGGCCAGACGGAGCCAUUGGCAGAGGCCAGAGAAUCCACCUGCAAUUAUGGGACACAGCAGGGCAAGAGAGGUUUCGUAGCUUGACAACAGCAUUCUUCAGAGAUGCUAUGGGGUUUCUUCUGCUUUUUGAUCUGACAAAUGAGGAAAGUUUCCUCAAUGUCAGAAACUGGAUAAGCCAGCUACAAAUGCAUGCAUAUUGUGAAAACCCAGAUAUAGUGUUAUGUGGAAAUAAGAGUGACCUGGAGGACCAGAGAGUAGUGAAGGAGGAGGAAGCCAGAGGACUUGCAGAGAAAUAUGGAAUCCCCUACUUUGAAACUAGUGCUGCCAAUGGGACAAACAUAAGCCAAGCAAUAGAGAUGCUCCUGGACCUGAUAAUGAAGCGAAUGGAACGGUGUGUGGACAAGUCCUGGAUUCCGGAAGGAGUAGUGAGGUCCAAUGGUCAUGCCUCUACAGAUCAGUUAAAUGAAGAAAAGAAGGGGGCAUGUGGCUGUUGAAAAAUCAAAGGAGAUACACAGUAUUUCAGGUGGCCUAUGCCUGUGAUCUUCUCUAUGGCUAAUACAUGACACAGAGAGAUUAACAGACACUGUGUACACACUUCUCAUCAUCCCAAUUAAACCUAUUAAUAAGCAUCCAGUUUUAAAAGUAAUUUGCUGCAGCUUUGUAAAUAUUUCCUUAAGAUUCAGCCUGAGAGGAGAAAUAUUUCACAUAAGCCAAAAGUGCCUUAUAAAAUCUUAGCAUGGCAAUAGGUCAUUCAGGGAUUCAGGAUUUUGUAGCCACAGGAGAGUGAAUUUGUUACAUAGAAUGAACGAAGAUACUGUCAUUUGCCCUAACAAAGAGCCCCAGAGUCUCACAAUCAAGAUCUUAGAUGCAAUUAUGAAACUAUCAAUCUUUAAUUCAAAUUUAAAAACUCUACUUGUACCAUAGGUAACCUUAUAAAUGCCAUCAAAACCACUUGGAUAUUAAACAAAAUAUAUACAAACUUCUGUUCAAGGUCCUUGAGGAUUAAUUCAUGAAAGCAUUCUCUUUAAAAUGAAUAUGGACAAAUUAUGGCCAUUAUCUACAGACUCUGGAUAAACUGGAUUGACUAAUUAUUCACCCACUGUGACUCUAGUUGGUGGGAGAGGGAUUGUGGGGUGAGGACAGGGAUAGUUUAAUGAAGUAUGAACAAUUGAAGUAGGGCUUCUGGCUUCCUCUAUAUUCCCAUUGCUCUGAAGGGUUGGUUGAAGGGUCAGGGAACUCGAUUUUUAUGGCUUUAGUUCACUGUGAUCUGUGCAUUUAUACAUGGCCUACAUACUGACCACAUGUGAGCAUAGCUUUAUGCUGAAGUUAUUUGUGAUGUAAGUAAACAUUUAGCUCUUUUUCUUCAUAUUUAUAGUGUUAUUCUACAUCCUCAGACUGCAGUUUGUUAGCUUGUGAACUAAUAUUCUGUCUUCACUAUCAGGCUCUGUAUUACUGAUAUUUGCAACAUGUUUUAUUUUUACAUUGGUGAAAUUGAAAGAAUUUGAUUUUAAUUACAUACGAUGUCUGUUUGCUAUUUUGUGGAAGAUAGAUGUUUGUAUUUAAACAGCUUCAUUUGUAUUCUAACUCAGUAUAAGAAAAAUUAAGUAUUCUAUAAGUUGUAUUUUUCAUUGAGAUCUUGUACUCGCUGGGUCAAGCCAAGGCAAUAUUCUUCUGCUUUGCCAAAAUGUCUUCACACCAAAUUUAAGGUGGUUUUUAAAAUAUGUUUCAUGGCAGUUGUUUGUAGAGGUCAAAGAGGAAAAUUAUUAUUUAUUAAGUGGUUUAAAUAAAGUAGAUUAAAUUUUUCAAAGAGCUUAAUGGUUAUUUAGGAAGAAAGUCCACUCAUUGUAAUUUAAGUAAGGAAUAAAAAUAAAUGUAUUUUGUAGUGGCAAAUGUCUGGUGGUACUGUAAUUAGAAAAAUACAACUAUGAUGGAAAGUAAUUACUUUUACAUGGUAGUUUUCAAAUGGCUUUUUAUUAAACACAUAACCUAUUUUUUCUACUGCUUUCCCUCCACUCCCUUAAAAAACUUAGCUGUGGUUACUAAUAAAGAUCUUAUAUAUUUUUGUCCUUGAAAUGAGGACUUAACUUUUAAGUACUAAGUCAUUGAGUCCUAUGUAUUUGAAUUGUGUAGUUAGUGAAGGAAAGAUUCAGACAUUUCAAGGGCAGGGUCAUAAUCACAAGCAGUGCCUUGAAAAGUUGCCCUAAGACUUCAGUGGAGCAAAUCAUAAUUUUACAGCUGCUUAUUAGGGAGUAUUUUAUAUGGUGUAUUUAUAUAGUUAAAAAGAAGACAAUAUUUGUGUUUCAGUUUUUCAAGAACUAAAUUAUAAAUUAGCUGUUGGCCUUAAACAGAAUAUACAACUAAAUGUAUACAUCAUAUAGUGAUGUACAAAAACCAUUUUUAUUGAAAUAAAUAAUCAUAUUCUCUUUGGAAAUUAUUUGUUUAAAUUUGAUACUGAAGGACCAUAUUUUUGUGUGUUGAUGUAUUUUUCUGUUACAAGUCUGUGUAAAAGUGAAAAUGUAUCUUCAGUGAACUUUGUGCCGAUUAAGCGUAUAAUUAAAAAGUGGUUUUGUCUGUCAA